AUGACAAUUGUUGAAAAUUUUCAAAAUUGCCGCGAAGAAAAAUUAUUGGAAUACAGACUUGUGCGACGUUGUCAGCGUUCGCAACAGUUGGUGAUUGCGGCUAAUAAUACGGAAACAUUGGAAGAAUGUAUGGCUUUGGCGAGAAGUGUACACGGCUUGGCUUUAAAUUAUGCCUCCUUUUUACGCAGAAGUAGAACUAAUAGCUUUGCUGUAGAAAACAGUGAUGAAGCUUUGAGCUUUAAUAAUAGAAUUGCUAAGAGACGUCAAGGUUUGUGGAAGCAACCAGAGGAAUUUUUUAAUUGUCUUGUAUUGCAAUGCCCGGAGAAUGCAUCCUUCUUUACCAUGACAAACGAUAGCAGAUUUGAUUAUUUCAGUUUAUACGGCAGACCAAUAGAAUCAACAAACUAUACUUGUUCUCCAGGAGUCGGACUAUUUACACUCUUUACUACCCCAGAAACCUACGAAACUGCAGUAAAAACUUGUUCCAGGUUAGAAGGAGGGAAUGCAGCUUUGGCACAUGUCAUUUCCGCAAAACGUACAAAAGCUAUAUCGAAUAUAUUACGUGUAUAUAGUUAUGAUCAAAAACAAUUGUCAAUGGAUGGUGCCUCCAAACUUUUGAAGACUUAUUCUUAA